AUGAGCCGCCGCAUCCGGUCGCCGAGUUGCUGGUCGAUUUCAAGCUUUACAGCUACGCAUGACAUCUUAUCCCCCGCCAAAACCAAUGCAAUCAUUGAAGAGUUCCAAGAAUCGGAGGUGAUCUUCUCUGAUCACGACCACGAGUGUAAGAAGCACUUCAAUUAUCAAGAAAUGGAUGUGUUCUGCAAUAACAACAACAAGAAGGUCAAGAAAAAGAAGCAGAAGCAAUCGAGUUCCAUCCCGGUUAAUAUUCCUAACAAUGUGCUUCAACUCUCUGAUAAUGAUGAUUUUGAGGAAGAGUAUGAGGGAGAGGAUCGUGUUCCUCCACAUAUUAUAGUGGGCAGAAGAAUUGCUGGCAAAAUGGCAUUCUCUGUUUGCACUGGAAAUGGGAGGACAUUGAAAGGGAGAGAUUUGAGUGAAGUUAGGAAUUCAAUUCUUAGAAUGACAGGGUUUUUGGAAGCAUGA